CGCGCCCCUCCGGCGCGCGCUUCCUGCGAGGUCAGGUGGGAGGAAGCGGCCCCGCAGCCGCCGCGAGCGGACGCCGCCGAGGCCGCGAGCCGCGCCUGCAGGCACAGCAUCUGCUCGGCGUGGGUCGCCUGUGUGAGCACCACCGAAAGAAAGCAUUCCUCAGUUUCUGGCGCCCGCAGCUCCUGGGAAGAUGGUGAGGAUCUUGGCCAACGGGGAAAUCGUGCAGGAUGAUGACCCCCGAGUGAGGACCACUGCAGCGCCGAGAGGUAGCACCCCUCGACAGGCACCUUCUCCCCCGGGCAUGACGUGGGGAAUACGGACUGGCAUUUUCCAUGCUCUGAGAAGCUUUCUCAACAGGGGCCAUGGUGCCCCCACAGGGGGUGCUGGACCCCGUCAGCAGCAGGCAGGUAUCAGGCUGGGUGCUGCUCAGUCCCCCUUCAAUGACCUCAACCGGCAGCUGGUGAACAUGGGCUUCCCGCAGUGGCAUCUUGGCAACCAUGCUGUGGAGCCCGUGACCUCCAUCCUGCUCCUCUUCCUGCUCAUGAUGCUCGGUGUGCGUGGCCUCCUUUUGGUGGGCCUGGUCUACCUGGUGUCCCACCUGAGUCAGCGGUGACCUCUGGGGGUUGGUUGAUGGGGGCGGGUGUGUCGAGAGGGACUUACUGGGUCUUGGUGUGAGAGCAGAGGGGAUCUAGUGGUGCCCUGAAGGUGUGGUCAGAGAAGGGGCACAGGUCUGUGUUUCCCCCUUGUGUUAAGCAUGAGGCAGAGGGAGACUCCAGUCCAGCAUUCCCAAAGUAUGGGGUGGAUAAUAUGAUGGUUCCCUUGAGAUGUUUCUAGGUGGCAUAGGGCCUGCAUUAAGUGGCACAAAAUGAGAACAAGAAGGGGAUUCCUUUUCCAAUUCUCUUUCAGUCCUUUUAUGGCAAGAAGAAAGUCUCAGCCUGGUGCCAGUAUGUUCUAAUGCCUCUCGAAGGCAUAUAUUGACUUCCCCUCUUCCUAGGGAGCAGGACAUGGGCUUAGGGCAGAGGAGAAGUUUCCAGACUUUUAUAGGACUGUUUUGUUUUAUUGAUAUAUUUUUAUUGGCUACCUAUUGUUUAGGACAAGUGGUACUGGCAUUCUAUUUAUUGUGACAUUUUCAAUAAAUAGAUUUAAGUAAAAA